UGUGCUGGGAUGGCCAGAUGCAGCCAGGAGACCCCACAAAGUGGCAUGAACUUGUUCCUGGGCACUGUCCUGCUGCUCCUGCUGCUGCCUGAUGUUGCCAAAGGAUGGGACAGCUGUUCCGGCCUGGGUCGGGGCGAUGGGAACUCUGAGUGCUGCAACAUGACAGUGGAGCAGCAGAACCCAGGCAACAGCCGCCGCAUCCUUCGCUUGUCCCAGCGCUGCCCAGAGCUGUGGCACUCUGCCAGCCAUGCUUGUGCCUGCCUGAGGCAGCACUCGUUCAGGCUGCUGCAGUCGGGGCAGCACACUUGGCUGGCUGGGCUGAAGACGCUGCUCCUGAAUGUCAGCAGGGCUGUCACCCAUGACAUCCUCAUCGCCUUCUCCCCAGCAGAGGGCCCCAGCAGGCUGAACACCACAGAGAAAGGGAAGGCAGGUAAAAUCCACCUCCCCAGGGAGAUAUUCCGGUCCCCAAGAAGCAAAAAGUUGCGUGUGGUGGUGACAGUCCUCAAUAUCCAGCAGCUUGGCAUGUUCAAGGAGGUCAACCAGACAGCACAGGUCUUGGACGACACCGUGGUGGGCAUCACAGUGGGAGAGAGCAGCAUCUCGGGGCUGCAGGAACCUGUGCAGCUCGUGUUCCCCCACAGGGAGCUGCCCCAAGGUGUCACCCCACAAUGCGUCUUCUGGGAUCCCAGCAAAGGGCAGGCAGGAGGCUGGUGCAGCAGUGGAUGUGUCACGCAGCCUGGGGACAAGGGGACGGUCUGCUCCUGUGACCACCUCACCUUCUUCGCCCUCCUCUUGAGCCCAGCUCUGGAUGGCUCCACAGCAAAGGCUUUGACGGCUGUUGCCACUGCUGGUUGUGUGGUAGCCAUGGUUUUCUCCAUCUUCACAGUGGCCUUCUGCAUCUUCAUAAGGUGCAGGUUCAGGUUUGAGGAGACCGUCCGCAUCAACCUGGGGCUGCAUGUGAACCUCAUGAGCAGCUUGUUCCUCCUGAACCUGGCCUUCCUGCUCAACAGUGGGCUCUCUGGCAGGACCCACCUAAGCAUCUGUAGGGUCCUGGGGGGGUUCACCCACUACUGCCUGCUCUGCUGCUUCACCUGGAUGGCGCUGGAGGGCUGUCAGCUCUACCUCCUCUUUGUCAAGGUCCUUGGCAUCUACAUCCACCACUACCUGGCAAAGCUGUGCCUGGUUGGCUGGGGCUUCCCUGUUCUCGUGGUGGGAGUAGCAGGAGUUAUUGGCAGCUAUGGAGAAUACAGCAUCCAGACCAUGGACCACCAGGUCAUAGCCCACCUGUGCUGGAUCACUUCCAAACAUCUUCUGGUUCACUACAUCACCAACUGUGGCUACUUUGGCCUCAUCUUCCUCUUCAACACGGCUGUCUUCGGGGUGGUGACCCAGAAGAGCUGCAGCUUGCAGGGCACUGGGGCAGUGCAGGGAUACCAAAAGCCCUGGAAGGUGGCUCUGGUGGCAGCAGGGCUCUUCUGCCUGCUGGGAGCCACUUGGGCCUUGGUAUUCCUCACCUAUGGCAUCUCCUCCACAGCCAUGCUCUACCUUUUCACCAUCCUCAACUCUUUCCAAGGAAUCUUCAUAUUCAUCUGGUUGGUCGUCCUCUACUACCCAAAGACAAGGGAGACCACUGGUUCCCUCUCCUACAUCAUCAGACAUGACAAAACUACCACAGCCUCCCAGGACUAGCUCCUGGUUGGACCUCUCUUCCUGCCUGCACCUGCAUCCAGUGAGAGCAAUCUUCAAUCCUGGCAGAUGCAGCUUCCUCAUGGAGGAAGAGAUGAGUUAACCAUGCCUCAGUUUACCCUUCAGUGGGCAUGAUCCACCUCAGCAGGGCUCUUUGCUUUGUCCCUUUCAUUCCUAGUGGGCUGCCCUGGGCAAAGAGCUCCAGAGAUGAUGCUUCUGCAAAGUCCCUCCAGGCUGCAGUUCCAUGGUCUUGAGGUGUCCCUGAUCUCACUCCCCAGGGGACAAGGAGGAAGCCCACAAAGCAUCUGCCUUCAGGAUGGAGCCAUCACCCUCCUUGCUAGCGGUGGCUUUUGGUGCUGAACCAGCCUGGCAGUGAGUUUCCUGCCACUGGAGGGAGAGGAUUGACUUGCUCCAGCCCAGAUGUGGGAGGUUUGUGUCUGGGAAUCAGCAAAAAGAAGAGGAAAUCCAUGAGCUUCUUUGCAAAACAUCUCCUUGCUCUCUGGCAGAGAUCUGCUGCAUGUCCUUCCUGCAAAACAGCCUCUGGGGCCAGUAGCAAUUCCCUCAUGGACGCUGUGCUCUAGCCAAAAUGCACACACAGCUGCCUUGCAGGGCAACUGCUGUCUUCUCCUGAUCUGUGUUUUAGUAUU